CCGCGCCGGCGUCCUCUGUGGGCGGUGCGGCGCUGUACGAGUGACGGGUGGUCAUGGCGACUCGUCGGGCUCUGCACUUCGUGUUCAAAGUGGGAAACCGCUUCCAGACGGCGUGUUUCUAUCGUGAUGUCCUGGGAAUGAAGAUUCUUCGGCAUGAGGAAUUUGAGGAAGGCUGCAGAGCUGCCUGUAAUGGGCCUUAUGAUGGAAAAUGGAGUAAAACAAUGGUGGGAUUUGGACCUGAGGAUGAUCAUUUUGUUGCAGAACUGACUUACAAUUACGGCAUUGGCAACUACAAGCUUGGCAAUGACUUCAUGGGUAUCACGCUCGCUUCUAGCCAGGCUGUCAGCAACGCCAGGAAGCUGGAGUGGCCACUCAUUGAAGUGGCAGAAGGUGUUUUUGAAACCAAAGCCCCGGGAGGAUAUAAGUUCUAUUUGCAGAACCGCAGUCCAUCUCAGUCAGAUCCUGUAUUAAAAGUAACUCUAGCAGUGUCUGAUCUUCAGAAGUCCUUGAACUACUGGUCUAGUCUACUGGGAAUGAAAGUUUAUGAAAAAGAUGAAAAGAAGCAGAGGGCUUUGCUGGGCUAUGCUGAUAACCAGUGUAAGCUGGAGCUACAGGGCAUCCAAGGGGCAGUUGAUCAUGCAACAGCUUUUGGACGAAUUGCCUUUUCUUGCCCCCAGAAAGAGUUGUCAGACUUAGAGGAUUUGAUGAAAAGGGAGAACCAGAAGAUUCUGACUCCCCUGGUGAGCCUGGACACUCCAGGGAAAGCAACAGUGCAAGUUAUCAUUUUGGCAGACCCUGAUGGACAUGAAAUUUGCUUUGUGGGGGAUGAAGCAUUUCGAGAACUCUCUAAGAUGGAUCCAGAGGGAAGCAGAUUAUUGGAUGACGCAAUGGCAGAAGAUAAAAGUGAUGACUGGUUUGCUGCACAAAAUAAACCAAAGGCUUCAGGUUAACCGAAGACAUCAUGUGGAACAAGCAUUAGUGAUUCCUGUCGAACACCUGUGAGGCCUGAUGUGUGCAUUAUGUGACAAAUGUUCUCACAACUUGGUGGUUUCCUGUAUAGGCAGAGAGGCUGGGUGGUGAAGAUUUGUGUAUUUUAAUCUUUGAGAGCUCUGAUAUAUUUUAGAAAGAAAAUCCUUUCAUUAUCAGUCCAUUUAGAGGAGAACUCGUGCUGUCAUCUAUGCCAUCCCUGGAACGGUACAUUUUGUGUGUAACUGUAUUAGAUUAGUAAUACAUUCUUCUGAAGCCUGGAACAGCUGUAUUGAACAGGACCUUUGGUUGGGGAUCGAGGGAAUUUUGAUAAGUAUGUAGAUUUAAUGAGAACAAAUAAACCCAAAUCAAUUGCUUACAGCAGGAGUACUUCCAGUACCUGGUGACAGUAUGCUGUUCUAAUGUCUUACUCUGGCAGGCCUUGACCAAUGAAAACUUUUAAAGAAAUUUUGUGCCUUGAACCAAAAGACUUGGUUAACGUUCCCACAUUCUUUGCUUUAAAUUUUUGAGUAGCCAGAGAGAACAGACAAAAGGAUCUAAUGUGUUAUGUUGCUACACACCUGGCUCUGUGCUAGUUUCUCUCUCUCUCUCUCUAUAUAUAUUUUUUUUUUUUCUUUUUCUUUUAAUCCUCGUAAGAAGAGACCAUGUUAGAUUUUUAGUGAUGGAUUAGAUGAUUCCUUCAGCAUGAAAAUCUUUU